UUUUUCUUAUAUACUUGCCAUAAAAGAGAGAAGAGAGAAGAGAGAGAGAGAAGCGAAGAAGAGAGUAAUGGCUGAUAAGAAAUUGAUUCCAUCUUCUUCUUCAACUACAUCGAUUUACGAUACUCGUAGUAGUAAUAAUAGCAAUCAUCAUCCACCCUCUUCUUCCGACGAGAUUUCUCUGUUUCUCCGGCAUAUUAUCAACCGUUCUUCUUCUCCUUUACCCUCUCACUAUUCUCCGGCGACGGCUUCUACCGCGGAGAUAGGAGUUAACGCAGACCCGCAUGCAGACAACCCGAGAUGUUUCGUUUCUCCUCAAACGUCGAAGCGCGCAGCUGAUUACUCUGAGGUUUUGAUAGGCUCCGGCGUUGGAUCAAGCUCCGCCGCCGCGUGUUAUGGUUUCUCCGGUGGUGGUGGCAAUAACGUUGCUCAAGGAAACAGCUCAGGGACUCGUGUUUCGUCUUCUUCGUUUGGAGCUAGCGGGAAUGAGACCGACGAGUAUGAUUGCGAAAGCGAGGAAGGAGUAGAAGCAGUGGUUGACGAUGAACUUCUCUGCAAGUCUCGUACCUCAUCAAAGAGAUGCAGAGCUGCUGAAGUUCAUAAUUUAUCUGAGAAGAGAAGAAGAAGUAGGAUCAACGAAAAGAUGAAAGCUUUACAAAGUCUCAUCCCUAAUUCAAAUAAGACGGAUAAGGCUUCAAUGCUUGAUGAAGCCAUAGAGUAUCUGAAACAGCUUCAGCUCCAAGUUCAGAUGUUGACAAUGAGGAAUGGGGUAAACUUACAUCCUCUGUGCUUACCUGGAACUACAUUACACCCAUUGCAACUCUCUCAGCUCCGACCUGGUGUUCCUCCAGAAGCAACCAAUGAUUCUCUGUUUAAUCACACCAAUCAUUUUGCUUCCACUUCUAAUGCACCUGCAAUGGUCAACACCGUGGCUUCUUCAUACGCGUUGGAACCUUCCAUUCGCAGUCACUUUGGACCUUUCCCUCUCCUUACUUCACCUGCGGAGAUGAGUGGUGAAGGAGGGUUAACUCAUCCAAGGUUGAAUAUUGGUCAUUCCAACACAAACUUAACCGAAUGUUUGGGGAUUUUUCAGGGAGACAAGCUGUGUUUAAUGGGCAACAACCUGACAUAAAAGAUCGGCUUACUUGAACAGAAGCAUCUAAACUCUGGGUUCUAUGUUUCGUAGGAGGCAAGCAACAAAGCUGCUUGACAAUGAACACACAUUUAGGUUUCUAUUUCCUUAUAAAUAGUUGUUACUACAAACUCUGGAGACUAGUCUUUGAAUCUAAUUAGCUAUUUGAUCGAAAAAACAGAAGUAUUAUUACCAAGUAAUUGCUAGGUUUAUAUGUAAAUGUAAAUGUUCAAUAUCAUAUUCGCAAUAUCGCAUUGUAGUGAGAGACCCAUAUGUAAAUUAUAGAUAAACAUCAUAUUCUACUUGAAUUUGAAAA